GUCGGGCGAAACUCUCACAAGUUGGUGGUUGGUGGUCCGAUUCGCGGGCGAACCAAAACAGUUGAUCGUUGAGUGCGCGAGUUUCCCGCGCUCCAGGGACGAAUGUUAUUGUACUUUUGGGGGACGCAACGCAAACUUAGUGGGGUAGUUGUAGAACAAAUAGGGGUGAUAUUUUCCGUUGUAGACCGACGCCACUCCGAAGCCCAUUCUGAUUCUUCUCUCUGAUGACGCUGUCGCGGACGCAUCCUCAGUAAUUGGGUCUGAAGCUCGCCGGGCAGAAAAAAAAUAUAGCAAGGUAAAUCGAAGAUGACUGAAACACGGUCCAGUAGAAAGAGCUGGCUAGAGGUGAUGGAGGAUGAAGAGUUUGAAAGGGAAUCUGCUAGUCCAGCAGUGAAAUCAAUAGUGAAAAAAGAACCAGCUGACAAAAGGACUAACAGCAAAUGUUCAAGAGAAGACAGCACAGUGGACCAGCCAAUGGAUGUUGAUAAAGUAGUGGUAAAGUUAGAGCCUAUGGAAGACAUUCCUGAAGAAAAAGAAGUAAAGUCGGGAUCCGUGCGAGUGAAAAAGGAAAAGAAAGAAAAGGGUGCUGAAGUCAAGCUGAAAGGGGCAGAGAGUGGGUGGGCUAGUUUAGUUCACGUCAAGGAGGAAGAGAAAACAAAUCUUACUCCUGGGAAACUAACAUUUGCUCAAAUCUGUGCCAAGUCUUCUAACUCACCAGUAAUGGCUAUCAAAUCUGAAACUGAAGAUAAGAUUAAACCUAAUUCGAGCAAAAGUUAUUCCUCGCCAGAGAAAAAAGAACGGAAACGGUCGCUUUUUCCUGAUAAAUCAUCUGAAUCUGAGAGUUUUGGAAUUUUGGAUGAGAAGAUCAUGGAAAGCCCCUGCAAGGAUAUUAGAGAAAUUAUGACUAAUAUACAUAUGGAUUCUCCCUUAAAGCAAGAUGAAAACGCUGAUACAACUGGCACUAGAAGGACAAGCCCACGCAAAGCUGUACUUCUGAAAAAGCGAGACUUGAGAGAUGCUCUGAGAAGCCCAAAUAAGGGUGAGGGUUCUAGAAAACGAACUAGAGAAAAAAGCAAGGGGCAAGAAAGUCCAGCAACAAAAAUUCCCCAUGUUUCCACAAGCCCUCCAUCAAAGAGUGGAAGUCCUAAAGUGCGAGCUCCAAAAUUACAGUUUGAAACAGACAAGGAAGUAUUGGGUAGAAGAGCCAAACAAGUAGAAUAUGGCAAAAAUACUCUAGGUUACCAAAGAUAUCUGGAGAUGGUGCCCAAAGAAAAACGAGAAAAGAAGCACCCGAAAACUCCACCUAAGCAUUUAAAGUAUAGCCGAAGAGCAUGGGAUGGACUUGUUAAAGUAUGGCGGCAAAAGUUGCAUUUUUGGGAUCCUCCUAAGGAUGGGGAAGAAGCCCCCACAGAAUUCCCAGAUAAUUGGGAUAACCUGUCAGACUACACUGACACCACAUCUGAUAUGUCAGAAAGUUUACCAAACACACCCAAGUCUGAGCGCAAGUCAAAGUAUAAGAGAGAAGUUUCUCAGUCUGAUUCUGAGAGUGAUGCGAAAGAGUGUGUCCAGUCUUGUUAGUUACUCCAGCAGUGUGCUAAUUUUAUAGAAGUUUUGUGACUAUUUAAUAUUGUCUUAGCUAUGACUAUAAUUGUUUGUCUUGUUUUACAUUUUAAUGUUUUCACACCUUUACACUAUUUUGCAACCCCGCAUGGCCCCAAAAAGUUUCACCUGAACUGAUUAAGCGUACAUCCCAUUUAGUCAGAUUGGUUCCUCUAGAUGUUAACUGUGAUGCUUCUUCAAAUGUGUAAACUUUGUUUUAGAACCUACUUCUUGAGUAGAUUUUUCCCUUAUGAAUGUUUGAGUGUGUGCCUGUGUGUAUAAUUUUGAAAAUCUAGAUUAAGUACUCUUCAUUACUGAUUGAAAAAUCUUUUUAUUGCAAUAUAGCUAUAAGUGACUUUU